AUGGACGACAUCAAAGAAGUCAAGCUGUCGCAGGCCCAGGAGUUGCCAGCCUAUGCCAGCGACUCCCAGUCUGAGGCCGCUGAGAGUGCCGAUGAACAGCUUGCGACGUUGGGCUACAAGCCUGAGUUGAGGAGAGUGCAUUCGUUUUGGACGCUGAUGGCGUUCCAGACGACGAUUCUGUGUUCAUGGAGCUGCAAUAUCGUGGUUUACGACUACAUCUUCACGCUAGGCGGAGUCAUGAGCCUUGUUUGGAGCACCAUCCUCGUUGGCAUCGGGCAGACCCUACUCAUGGCGUCCCUCGCCGAGUACGCCGGUAUCUGGCCUCAAGCCGGCGGGCAGCAGUUCCUCACGCAGAUGGUCGCUCCCGAGAAGAUGCGUAGAUUCCUGUCCUAUGUUGUGGGCUGGGCUGUAUUGAUAGGAGAGAUAUCCACAUCAUCGAGCUGCGCUGUGAAUAGUGCUCAGAUCUUAGCUGCAUUCAUCGAAGUCACUCAUCCUGAUGUCGUGUGGAAGCCAUGGAUGACCUUCCUGGUAUACCUUGCCUUCCUGAUCGGACCUGUCGUCACCAACCUGGCCCCCGGGUUUCCUACCGUAUCUCUCUCUAUCUGGAGUGCGGACUUUGUGUUUACUGAGUUCAUGAACACAAGUGGAUGGAAUUCGAAAGGAUGGGUUUUCAUUCUGAGCAUGUACGUGCCAAUCUAUGGCUUGUACGGCACCGAUAGCGUGAUGCAUCUCGUGGAGGAGAUGAAGCAUCCUGCCAGAGAUGCGCCGCGUGUCAUGGUGUGGUCAAUGGUGUUCUCCUCGCUCGUUGCGUGGAUCAGUGCCAUUAUAAUGGGCUUCACGACUGGCAACUGGGCAGCAGAACUGGAGACCACUCAGCCGUACUUUACUUGGUUCAUCAAUGUCACCAAGUCUGUCUACGGCGGCGGCAUCUUCUGCGCUAUUACCAUGAUGGGAUUGAACUAUCUCAUCAUAGUUCACACCAAUACCGCAGGAAGUCGUCUAGCCUGGAGAAUGGCAAAGGAUGGCGGCUUCCCGUUCGCAAAGUUCCACUCGCACAACUCCAAGCGUUUCGGCACACCUCUACGACCCAUGUUCGCGGUCCUCUUCAUCAACGCCGUUGCGGGAACCCUCGUGAUGGGCAGCGAUCUUGCGUUUUGGGCUCUGAUAUCUGGGGGAGGUAUCACGCUGCAGAUUGCGUAUGCCGUGCCGAUCAUAUGCGUGGUCUGUCGAGGCCGAGAGAUCCUACCACCGCGACCGUACUUCGAUCUUGGUCGUUGGGGAUAUCUCAUCAAUUGGGUGUCGCUCGGGUGGUCAGUCAUCACACUACUCUUCUACUCGUUCCCGCAGUACGUCCCGGUCGUAGGAAAUAUCGAGAAUAUGAACUGGGCUUCCGCAAUCGUAGGUGGAUGUGUCGUGUUCUGCGCGCUUUUCUGGGUGGUGACUGGGCGCCACACGUACAUGAAGUCGUACAAUUCGGUCGUGGAAGAGAAUAUUGUGGUUGUAGAGGGCACAGCUGCGAAGAUCUAG